AUGGUGGCUUGGUUCGGACCAAUUACCGUACCCGUUUUGGUGUUGGUAUCCAUACGUUUUGUACGAGGAUUGAUAAUGUGGUUGUUGGUAUUGUUGGUGCGGCGUGAAGAAGCUGCCUUGGUUCGGGGCUCCGUAGUUCCCGUAGGGGCUUCCGUGGUGAUAGCCGGUCUGGCCUCCCUGGUUCGCGUAAUAUCCGCCUCUGCCUUGCCAGUUGCCGUUCCCCCUCUUUCCACGUCCUCUCCAACCUACUGCACUCCUGUCUCGACCGUUUCCGGCUCCUCUUUGAUUCUGCGUAGCGCUACCAUCCAGCACGCGCAUCUUGGCCGUCGUACCCAUGUGGUAUCUUUCUUCGACGUAUCGUAUAAACAAAUCGAUCGCAUCAAUCCACUCUCCGCAUGUCAACAGGAGCUUGUCUUUUGGGGUCAGGCCUGUUCUAGAUUGAACACCAAUUGCUUGUCGACAAAUAUGAUCUCACUUUCAGGAUCUACCAAGUCUUUGAUAUCGCGGUCUCUCUUCUUUGUCUUCACCGCUCGGGAGGUCACCUCGUCUUGUGCCGCGUUUUGUGCGUAUUCAUCUACCUCGCUCCCUCCUGCGAUCAAAGAUGCUGAUCUCUGUCUAUUAGGGGCUUCUGGGUCGUACGGUGGUGUCCCGUACAUCAUCGUGAAGCCGUGGAGCAUUGCUCUUCCGAGUUCUAGGUCGUCGUUUCCAAACGCCUCUACGAUGGACUUCCACCACAGGUCCUUACUCCUGUUCCCCGGUGCCGCUGGUUCCGGUGGGUUAUUGUCUGUGGCACAUUCACACAUGUAUCAGCUGUCUGUUAUCUUUCUUUCCCCACUGGUUUUUAACGGUCUUUACGGUCAGAUGUAG